UAACCCUCCACUGAGUGAAGAAAUGUUGCCUCCUGGAGAGUGGAUGUGUCACCGGUGCACUGUUCGCCGAAAGCCCUGGAAUCACCCCACUCUUCCCAUGGUGACUGUUUGGAAUCCAGUAGGGCCUAAAAAUCCAAACAUGGGCUGCUGAAAUGGGCAGAAGAGAAACGAGAGCAGAAAAAGGAGCUGGGUCAUGUCAAUGGACUGGUGGACAAAUCUGGCAAACGGACUACAUCCCCCAGCAGUGACACUGACUUGUUGGACAGAUCGACCAGCAAAACUGAACUAAAGGCCAUUGCCCAUGCUCGGAUCCUGGAAAGGAGAGCCAGCAGGCCUGGCACGCCCACAUCCAAUGCCAGCACAGAGACCCCCACCUCUGAGCAGAAUGAUGUCGAUGAAGACAUUAUUGACGUGGAUGAGGAACCAGUAGCAGCGGAGCCAGACUAUGUGCAGCCCCAGCUGAGGCGGCCCUUUGAGCUGCUGAUUGCUGCCGCCAUGGAGCGGAACCCCACCCAAUUUCAGUUGCCCAAUGAACUGACUUGUACCACUGCACUACCAGGUUCUAGCAAGAGGAGAAGAAAGGAGGAAACAACAGGGAAAAAUGUUAAGAAGACACAGCAUGAAUUAGAUCACAAUGGUCUUGUUCCCUUACCGGUCAAAGUCUGCUUCACGUGUAACAGGAGUUGCCGCGUGGCUCCUCUCAUCCAGUGUGACUAUUGCCCUCUUCUGUUUCACAUGGACUGCCUCGAGCCGCCGCUCACUGCCAUGCCCCUGGGCAGAUGGAUGUGUCCAAAUCACAUCGAACAUGUAGUGCUGAACCAGAAGAAUAUGACACUGAGCAAUCGGUGCCAGGUGUUUGAUCGUUUCCAGGACACCAUUUCGCAGCAUGUUGUCAAAGUGGACUUCCUGAACCGAAUCCACAAGAAGCACCCCCCUAACCGGCGUGUGCUCCAGUCAGUCAAAAGAAGAAGCUUGAAGGUUCCCGAUGCUAUAAAAUCUCAGUACCAGUUUCCACCCCCUCUCAUUGCACCCGCGGCCAUUCGGGACGGGGAGCUGAUCUGCAAUGGGAUCCCUGAGGAAUCACAGAUGCACCUUUUGAACUCUGAGCACUUAGCCACCCAAGCAGAGCAGCAAGAGUGGCUCUGUAGUGUUGUUGCGCUCCAGUGCAGCAUAUUGAAACAUUUAUCUGCUAAGCAGAUGCCUUCGCAUUGGGACUCUGAACAGACAGAGAAGGCUGAUAUUAAGCCUGUUAUUGUGACUGACGGCUCAAUCACCACCUCCUUGCAAACAGCUGACAAGACACCUACACCUUCCCACUACCCCUUGUCCUGCCCCUCAGGGAUUAGCACCCAGAAUUCCUUGAGCUGCUCUCCACCCCACCAGCCCCCAGCCCUAGAGGACAUCGGCUGCAGUUCUUGUGCAGAAAAAUCCAAGAAAACCCCUUGUGGGACUGCCAAUGGGCCAGUGAACACAGAGGUGAAAGCUAAUGGCCCACACCUCUACAGCAGCCCUACUGAUUCCACGGACCCCCGGCGACUUCCAGGCGCUAACACCCCCCUACCAGGCCUCUCACACCGGCAAGGCUGGCCCCGGCCCCUCACGCCACCAGCGGCUGGGGGCCUUCAGAACCACACCGUCGGCAUCAUUGUGAAGACAGAGAAUGCCACUGACCCCAGCUCUUGCCCCCAGAGGAGUUUGGUUCCUGUCCCAAGCCUGCCCCCUUCCAUUCCCAGCUCUUGUGCCAGCAUCGAGAACACCAGCACUUUGCAAAGAAAGACUGUCCAAUCACAGAUAGGACCUCCGUUGACAGAUUCAAGGCCACUGGGCUCACCCCCAAAUGCCACCCGGGUGCUCACUCCCCCCCAAGCAGCAGGAGAUGGUAUCUUGGCCACAGGAGCCAACCAACGAUUCAGCUCACCAGCGCCAUCGUCAGAUGGCAAGGUCAGCCCCGGCACGUUAUCCAUAGGAAGCGCUUUAACCGUACCCUCUUUCCCAGCCAACUCUACUGCCAUGGUGGACCUCACCAACUCACUUCGAGCAUUUAUGGAUGUCAAUGGAGAAAUCGAGAUAAAUAUGCUGGACGAGAAGCUGAUCAAGUUUCUGGCCUUGCAGAGAAUACAUCAGCUUUUCCCCUCCCGGGUCCAACCUUCACCGGGCAGUGUCGGGACACAUCAGCUGGCUUCUGGAGGGCACCACACAGAAGUGCAAAGAAAGGAGGUACAGGCCCGAGCUGUGUUCUACCCCCUCUUAGGGUUGGGAGGAGCUGUGAACAUGUGCUAUCGAACCCUCUACAUCGGGACAGGAGCUGACAUGGAUGUGUGCCUUACAAACUAUGGUCACUGUAACUACGUGUCCGGGAAACAUGCCUGCAUAUUCUACGAUGAGAAUACCAAACAUUAUGAGCUGUUAAACUACAGUGAGCAUGGGACAACGGUGGACAAUGUGCUGUAUUCAUGUGACUUCUCGGAGAAGACCCCGCCAACACCCCCAAGCAGUAUUGUUGCCAAAGUGCAGAGUGUCAUCAGGCGCCGCCGGCACCAGAAACAGGAUGAAGAGCCAAGUGAGGAGGCAGCCAUGAUGAGUUCCCAGGCCCAAGGGCCGCAGCGGAGACCCUGCAAUUGCAAAGCCAGCAGCUCAAGCUUGAUUGGGGGCAGUGGGGCCGGCUGGGAGGGCACGGCCUUACUGCACCAUGGCAGCUACAUCAAGCUGGGCUGCCUGCAGUUUGUCUUCAGCAUCACUGAGUUUGCGACCAAACAGCCCAAAGGCGAUGCCAGCCUGCUGCAGGAUGGGGUCUUGGCCGAGAAGCUCUCUCUCAAGCCCCACCAGGGCCCUGUGCUGCGCUCCAACUCUGUUCCCUAGGACUGGCAGCUACCCCGCUACUGGCCUGUACACCCACCCAAGACUCCUGCAAUGCAAAAAUGUACACAAAACCAAGCCCGGGUGUUUUCUAUACUCUACCAGAAACGCUUCAACUACAAUCUUUGCAUGAAAUGAAGAAAACCUUUUGACUGUUUUUUAAAAAUCCUUUUUCUUUCCUCAAGUUCUAGGGGGCAUUUGCACAUAUAUUUGUACUCAACAUUUCAUGGGAAAGCGGCAAACCCGAGCUGAGGAACAGCGUGGGCAGGGAGGGAAAGACCCAUGGUCUGGACACUUCCUCCAACACAAAACCCUUCCCCACCCACCUACUACUCCCUCCCCCUCGCCCGCCGUUGUAAAAUAAUCAGAAACUUGUUCUAUUUUGUGGCAGUGACAAUAGUUUUAUAUUAAAAGAAAAAAUACAGUUUUCAUACAGCAAAAUCUAUACAAUAUCAUUGUUUUAUUUAAUAUAAAGAUCGCUACCCACCUUCCUUCCAUGGUUCCCACCCUCCACGUUAUUUUCCCUUUCUGCAGCAGUUGCACUACAGGUAGCUACUGUGUAUUAUGGACAAAUGAGAAAUGAAUUCUUUUUCUGGCUGUCCAUCUGUUUUAUUUCAAAUAAGGAAAAGUGUAUUUGGAUUUUGUGUAAAUACAUCUAGUGAUGACAUUUUUUCAAUGUUUUUAAAAACCGUGUACAGUACUACAUGUGGUAGAGCGUUUUCUCAAAUUGUCUAUUGUAGCAAAAAUGUUUUUGUCGUAAACCUGUUUUGUCUCCUUUUUUUGUUCUCUCGCCACUUCUCUCCUCUUCUUCCUGCCCCUGGUUCCCUCCUCUCCUCCCACCCCCACAACCAGUACCAAUGUACAUAGUAAUUGUAAUGUUUUAGACUUUACAGAAACUUUCCUGUAUUCUGUAUAUAAAAAACAAAAAUACUUCAAA